UAAAAAGGCAGCCCCACCUGUCACGCUCUUUCGCCUCAGCUUUUCUCCUCCCACUUCAUCCAUCAUCACCUCACGAACCAAGAAAAGAGCAGCAUCACUCUUGACGACAACGCCCAUCGAGGCGAACACGCAAACAACGCCAGUGCAGUUAUUUUCCGACCUUGUCUCUAGUACUGACAAUUUUUUUUCUCGUUUGACGGUCUCUGUUGGCUUUAUCGCCCACUGCACAAUCUCGUGACUCGUCGCGCUCCUGACGCAAACAGUAGAAGAGCUUUCUCUCGCACAAGUCGUACCCGUACUCCUGAGGCCUGCCUUCUCUAUUUGUAUUUGCGUCGCAUAUUUCCAGCUGAUACAUUACUUCAUCUUACAAUAACUGGGACUGCUCUCGUACUACUACUACUUAUCUCGCCAGUCGCGACUGCGUAAAAGAAAAAAAUUCUCUACCUGCCCACCUAAGGAAGGAAGGACCCGCUUAAGCUUUUUCGUACCUGAAUAACGCGACAAAGAAAUUUUGAUUCAGACAGAAAUAUUCUUCUGCGUCUCUUCUCUUUGCCUCGCUUCUCUCUCGUGCUGCAGGCAUUUUAUUUCAAGUGGCAUCGCCCACCUCUGGUUAUUUCGUUGUGGGAUCAUAUUUGGCUGGAGUGCAUCGCAUUUUGAGGCAUCACGCGUAGCUCGUCGACUACUCCAGUCUAUCAUACAAGCACCACACACAUUACAUCACUUCAAAUCAAAUCAUCAUGGCGUCCGCAGUCGCGGAUUUGGAGACUGGUCUCCAGGCUAUGCUCAACUUAAAGCCGCCAGGUGUGUCCGGAUCUCGCAUCACCAGUUUGACCUCUCUCUGCGUUUCCAACAUCCAGGCCGAAUCCGUCCUCAUUCAGAAAAUCUUCACACACUUCAAAAAGACACCAGGAACACACAAGUUAGGGGUACUCUACGUCGUAGACUCUGUAACCCGGAAAUGGCUCGAGCAAGCCAAGGCACAGGCACAGACAAUUAACAGCUCUGCCCCGGAUGGAACCUAUGCCGCUGGCGUCAAUCGAGUGACAGAACUCAUGCCUGUUUUGAUGAAUGACAUCCUUCAAUCCGCCCCGGAAGAACAAAAGGUACGCAUAUCUGACUAUCACACUCAUGUAGCUGGCAACCAGUCACUGCCACGUGCCGCGCAUACUGGAGCAUCUUGCAAGGCGCUUCUGUUGACGACCCUUGUUCCUUGACAUAUUUGACCUUCGUACUAUUUAUAUGGAUCGUAACUCACACAUAAUCCACCGUGUAGGAAAAGAUUAAGAAGCUCCUUGAUAUCUGGGAGAAGGGCCAGACGUUCCCUACACCAAUGCUCGAGUCUUUUAGAGAGAAGCUCAACGCACCACAACAGAAUGAAUCGACAACUCCUCCCGGUAGCCCGCCGCCCAAUGUGCUAGGCUCGCAGCAUGGCAGCGCUUCAGCUCCCGCUACGACUUCAGCUCCUCAGGCUCCUAGCGGUACAUCUAUUCUUGAAGCUUUGGCUAACAUCGCUCGUCAAAACACAACCGCUCCCCCUGCCAACCCCUUACCGGCUCCCACAGCACCGUAUAACCUGCCAGCUGCCGCGCCACCUCAACCAGUAUCAUCUGCUACGCCGCCUGUAUCGUAUCCUCCGGCGUCGCAACCCGUAAAUGUGCCGUCUCUUCCUUUCGGCCUCCCACAUAUGGGGGCGCAGAAUGGAUAUGCAGGCUCUCCUCUGAACAACCCAAGUAACCCACCUAAUCCAGUCAAUGGGGCCAUGCCUGGUGCAGCACCUGGCCUUGGGCUUGAUCCAAGCACUCAGCAGCAGAUCAUGCUGAUUAAGGCGCUCGCUGACCAAGGUAUUCCAUUUGAUAAGAUUCCUGCUCUCAUUCAGAGUAUGGGUGGUGCAGGAGCCGCGGCUGCAGCUAGCGCUCUCCCAGCUCAGCAGCCUGCUCCUUAUGCACAGGGUCCCCAAAUUCCUGGUCAAACUGCAUGGGGUGGCCCUUCAGGCAAGCCAGAGGAUUCACGUAUGCCAGGCUACGGCCAUACAAGAUCUCCUCCUAGAUUCCAUGGACGUUCUCGUUCACGAUCUCCUGACCGUGGCUGGGGUGGUCGUGGCUCUCCUCGAAAUGGACGUGAUCGCCCAGACUAUGUCCGUGACUCUCCUAACCGUGGUCGUCAUGAUGACCGCCGUGGAGGUGAAUAUCGCCAGCGUAGCCCUCAUGGACACCGUGGACGAAGUGAGACCCCGCUUCAUGAACAAGGCUCAGCCGACAAAUGGGUCGAGUACGAUCCAACUCUUCCAUCCGGACACAUCAAGGUCUAUAGCCGAACAUUGUUUGUUGGUGGAGUAACCUGCUCUGAGAGUGAAUUGCGUGGCAUAUUUGGCCGCUUCGGUACGGUGCAAACAUGCAUUGUCAACAAGGACAAGCGACAUGCUUUCGUGAAGAUGCUUAGCCGACAAGAUGCUGUCAACGCCAAGCAAGGUACUGAGGACUCCCGUAAUCUGGAGGUGCCCCUUCGUACUCGUUGGGGUGUUGGUUUCGGCCCUCGGGACUGUAGCGACUAUUCAACGGGUGUCAGCAUUAUUCCUAUCCAUAAGUUGACGGAAGCUGAUCGCAAGUGGAUGUUGACCGCCCCCUUUGGCGGCAGCGGUGGACAACCCAUUGAGACUGGCCUGUCAGUGGAGGAGCCCGAUAUCGAGAUCGGAGCUGGAGUCUCAUCCAAGGCCAUCAGCCGACGCAUGCAAACGGACAAGGGCGGUAGCAACGGACCCAAGUCAACUCGCAAUCGGGACGAAGACCUCUCCCGUUGGCGCCGAAGUAGAGACAACGGCUCAAACGGACACAAUCGUCGGGACGAUCACCGCGACCUUGCUCAGGAUGGACAGAACAUGGUUGCCUCGUUCCCCUUUGGUAUUGGCACACUGCCGAACGGCAUGCCCAACUUUCCCGCUGGCUUCACAUUCCCUGAUCCCACAAAUAACUAGAGAUUUCUUCCCAGGAGGACGCACAAGAUUAUGUAAUGAUACCCAGGUAUGGAAAUGGGAGGACAUUUUGUUAUUUUAUUGUUGAUUUCCCUGGUUGCUUUAAGCAGCGAAGAAGGCGGCGUUGGCAACAUGGCUCCAAGGUCUAUACAAGGACUUGGGCUUCGGGAGACGGUUUCUUGCAUCAGUUGGCGGGCAAACAGUCGUGAUUGACGGCUUCGUGCAUGCGCAUUGACGACCAGAUGUGUUUUUGUUUGUUUAAUGAGGGCCCCUUGGCCCACGUAGCUUUGUUGGCUACAAAUGAAAAGUUACGAUAUUCCACUAAAUACUUGCGCCUUGUGAAGUCGUGCCCGUGAAUUCGGUUCGGUCAUGGUAGUCGCCGGGUGAUUCAACAGUGCCCCCAGGUUCCAGCAUUGUACUGCUAGAGGCUUGCCAUAUUGAUGAUGUCCUUUUCACAUCUACGACCUAUAUAGCAGUGUCCUAUACAUAUCGUUGAAUCUGAAUACAACAUGUUGUUUGCCUCUGGAGUGGUUGUCUGUUGCUAUUAUUCCCCCAGGGUGAAGUUUCCACCACAAACAUUUCGUAGAGAACGCGACCA